GUUCCAUCACACUGGCUCCCAGUGUAAGGAGAAGACAAGGAAGUGGGGGGAAGGAGUCUCUUUUUAUUGGCAGUUUAUCCAUUUAAUUCUAAAACCGGCUGGAUCAGAUAGACAAACAGAUAACCAGACAGACAAUACUGCAGAGAAACAAGUGGGAACAGUCAUAAUGUUUGGUUACGGCCGAAACAAUUUUACCUGGAAUGGAACUCUGAGAGAGCUAGAGGGCAGCUACCCAGCAUUCUCCGCAGAGCGAGGCCGAGCAAGUAUGACAGCCUCCCCGAGCUCGUGCAGCGGCUUGGAGGUCCUCCUCUCCACUCUGCAGAAUGCAGGGGAUGUGGAGAGCACCUUAAAUAUCCUCAAUGUCCUGGAUGAGCUUCUGUCUGCUGGUACAGAUCGUCGAAUCACCUAUAUGAUCAGUAAAGGUGGCAGCGAGGCCUUGCUCACUGCACUGGUGAACACCGGCCGCAGUUUCAGUCCCAACUACACCCUCCUGCUGCCACUGCUGCACCUGCUGGCUAAAGUUGGACACAGAGAUCGUCGUAUAGGUAUGAAGGCAGAGGAGGCCGGAGCUGCGCUGCUGACUCUGAAUCUGCUCAGACACAAUGUCAAACAUGCCAGGAGGGCUGCAGCCUGUCUCUGGGUGAUCCAGGUCUUCUCUUCAUCAGUUUCUACAGCAAACCUAAUAGGAGAAAACCACGGACUGGAUGCCAUCUACCGCCUCAUCCCUCAGUAUACCACCAAACAUCUGCACACCAUCAAGGCAGCCAUCGAUGCCUUGACUGCUCUGCUAUGCACAAAGGCUAAUGUUUGCUCGGUGGUAUCUAAGGGUUACAUCUCUGGCCUCUUGCGGCUUUACGAGGACUGGCACAGCAAGGGAGCUCCACAUGCUGCCGUCGCAAUCCGCCACGCACUGCUGCGCUGCCUCCAUAAGGUCACCCACAGUACUGCAGGCAGACAGGCUUUCGUAUCCCACGGAGGCAUCAGACUGCUGUAUGAAACUACACAGACGUGUUUGCUGAGUAAAGGUCUGGAGUCUCUGGUGGAGCUCUCUGUGCAGCUGAUGAGGAAGUGUCUUCCUAAAACCCCUCUUCCACUGACAUCAGAUCAGUCCGCGUACACCUUCCCCCUGCCUGGAAGACCAUGCGCUUUGCCUGAUAUGGAUGCGGAACCAGAUGAGACCAGUGAGGAGAGUGAUGACGAAGAGGCUGAAGACAUCCAAGAGGCAGACUAUGAUGACGAUUUGGAGACUGACCUGAACAAACUUCGUAUUCGUCCUGACCCAGACAGACCCAAAGAGCUGCUGCCACAGUACAGCCGCCUCUGUCCUGAACUCUCACAUGACUUCCAGGAGCUGGAUUUGAGUUCCGAGCCAGAGGAGAGUUCAACGGCGUCGUCUUCAUCGGAUGAGGAAGCUCUGCUGCUCAACGGUUUCCCUGUUCACUCCUCCAGGAGGGACAGAAGGAGCGCUGCCAGCAGUGAUUCAUCCACCUCCUCUUCAGUGUCUCACUCAGUGACAGAACCAGAGGGACACACACCAGCUGCUGCCCAGUUAGAGGCCCGUAAUUUCCACAGUAACAGCAGCAUCCUCAGCACCAGCCCCAGCUUUAGGAGCAUGGUUAAAGAAGCAAGGGGAGAAGCCCCAGGCCAGAGAGGGGAUGUGCAGGAUGAUGAUGAGGAGGAGGAGGAUGCAGAAGAAUCCCAGCAUCGUACCAUGAUAGACAGGUUACUGGAGAGACACGGAGCCUGCAUCCCCCACCACGAACCCAAGCUGUACCGCGCCGCAGCCACCAAAACCAAAUCCAUUCCAGGUUUCAGCAUCCUGGCUUUUCCCGACUUCUGGGGCCACCUCCCACCACCAGGACAUGAACCCAUGGCCCCACGCAAACCCAAUGUACAGAGGAAGAAAGUGUUUGAAGAUGUCCAACGUUUCCUGAAUACUGAUGACAUCAUCAACCAGGUAGUGUUUGACCUGGAAGACAGCAGUCUUCAGUGUCCGUCCGAUUCCUUGCGGUUUUUCUCUAAGUUUGAAUGUGGGAACCUAAGGAAGGCUGUUCAGAUCCGCAAAUAUGAAUACGACCUCAUAUUGAAUGCAGAUGCUAACUGUAACCAGCACACCCAGUGGUUUUACUUUGAAGUCAGUAACAUGGUGGCUGACGUCCCCUACCGCUUCAAUGUCGUCAACUGUGAGAAGAGCAACAGCCAGUUCAACUAUGGAAUGCAGCCGGUGCUGUACUCUGUAAGGGACGCUCUGGAAGGCAGACCACACUGGGUCAGGACCGGGACCGAAAUUUGUUAUUUCAGAAACCACUUUUGUCCAGCUCGGGGCCGAAGGAGAACAACAUUUUAUACUCUGACCUUUACCGUCACCUUCAAACACAAUGAGGACGUCUGCUACGUGGCCUACCAUUAUCCCUACACAUACUCUGCUCUGAAGGCUCAUCUGAAGGUGCUGCAGAAAUCAGUGGAUCCUGCCAAGGUGUUUUUCCAGCAGCAGAGUCUUUGCAGCACUUUGGCUGGAAACAUGUGUCCAGUGGUCACCAUCACAGCCUGUCCUGCCAGCAGGAGCUGGAGAGACAUGCACCAGCUCCGUAAUCGUCCCUGUAUCAUGCUAACAUGCCGUGUCCAUCCCGGUGAGUCCAAUGCCAGCUGGAUGAUGAAGGGCACGCUGGAGUUUCUGUGCAGCAGUGACCCGGUGGCCCAGAGUCUGAGGGAGUCCUUCGUCUUCAAGCUCAUCCCCAUGCUCAACCCAGACGGAGUCAUCAACGGCACGAAUCGCUGUGAUCACGGGGAGGAUCUGAAUCGCCAGUGGUUUAAACCAGACCCUGUCCUCAGUCCGACCAUCUACCAUGCCAAGGGCUUCCUCUACUACCUCAACAGUAUAGGACGGACUCCACUGGUUUUCUGUGACUACCACGGCCACUCUAGAAAGAAGAAUGUGUUCCUGUACGGCUGCAGUGUUAAGGAGACUCUCUGGCAGUCUGGCUCUGCUGUUAACACUGCGGGAUUGAAAGAGGACCCUGGAUAUAGGACCAUUCCAAAGACCUUGGAUCGUCUCGCGCCGGCCUUUUCUUUCAACAGCUGCAACUAUUUGGUGGAGAAGUCUCGCUCUGCCACAGCCAGGGUGGUUGUCUGGAGGGAUGGCGUGCUGAGAAGUUAUACCAUGGAGAGUACUCACAAUGGUUGCGACCAGGGAAUAUACAAGGGCCUGCAGACAGGAACCAGGGAGCUGCAGGAGAUGGGCGUGAAGUUUUGCCACAGUCUGCUGUCUGUAACCAAAGACAUGAAGCUUUUUUACAGCCGAAGAAUCAUCAGCCACAUUGACCUGGACCACAACGUCCUGGACCACGAGUCUCACAACUGUUUCGAAGACGACGAGCCUCCGUGUGUCGAGGAGAUCGAGUAUUCCAUGGACUGUCCCGCAUUUAAAGGAACCGAUCUGGAUUCAGACGUCGACGGCAACAUGACCAGCGCUGACGAAGAGGAGGACGGUGAGGAAGGACACAGGGGAGCAAAACAUAGGCGAGGCAGCGUUGGCCAAUCGCAGCAGUCGAGCAUGAAGAGCCGCCUAUUCCCUCACCUGAUGAGACAGGCCUCCGCUGAGACAAUCAGUGAGAAAAGAAACAUGUGUAAUGGCGUGAGCAUCAAUGGGCAAAUCAUGAGUUAAAAGGAGUAUUUCUACAUUUUUCUACAGUUUCUUUUCUCCUAAAGGCCCUCUUAGCAUUGUAAGCUUUCCUCCUUGAAACCUAGCAGGUGCAUUUGAAUGAAAAGAAACACCUGUUAAAUGAUACACACAAACUAAACAAUGAGGGGUUGGGAUAACUGAUCAUUUCUAUUUCAACCUUAAAGUAAGCUGCGACCUUAAAUACAAGCUUAAAGGAACUGUUUGUAACUUUCUAAGCGUAUAAAUGUAGCGGGUCGGCACACUUGCGCGCU